GUGACACCGCCCGGGGCCCCCGCCCGCCGCGCCUCGCCUCGCCGCACCCCGGACCGGCCUCCUACGGGCCCCCGGACGCCCGGGUUGGCUACAAGUGUAUUGAAAGGGAACAAGCAACAAGCAUGGCUGCAAAGGAGAAAUUGGAGGCAGUGUUAAAUGUAGCCCUACGGGUUCCAAGCAUCAUGCUUUUAGAUGUCUUGUACAGAUGGGAUGUCAGCUCCUUUUUCCAGCAGAUCCAAAGAAGUAGUCUCAAUAACAACCCUCUUUUCCAGUACAAGUAUUUGGCGCUUAACAUGCAUUAUGUUGGUUACAUCUUAAGUGUUGUCCUCCUUACCUUGCCUAGACAGCAUCUAGUUCAGCUGUACCUGUAUGUCCUGACUGCAUUACUUCUCUAUGCUGGACACCAGAUAUCUAGGGACUAUGUUAGAAGUGAGCUGGAGUCAGCAUAUGAAGGACCAAUGUACUUAGAACCUUUAUCUAUGAAUCGUUUCACUACAGCUCUAAUAGGUCAGUUGGUAGUGUGUACAUUGUGCUCCUGUGUCAUGAAAACCAAACAGAUAUGGCUCUUUUCGGCUCACAUGCUUCCUCUGCUGGCCCGACUCUGCCUUGUACCUUUGGAAACUAUUGUUAUAAUCAACAAAUUUGCUAUGAUUUUUACUGGGUUGGAAGUCUUAUAUUUUCUUGCCUCCAAUCUUCUGGUUCCAUAUAAUCUUGCUAAAUCUGCAUAUAGAGAGUUGGUUCAGGUAGUGGAAGUUUAUGGCCUACUGGCACUGGGGAUGUCUUUGUGGAAUCAACUGGUGGUCCCAGUGCUUUUCAUGGUCUUCUGGCUUGUCUUGUUUGCUCUUCAGAUUUACUCUUAUUUCAGUACACGGGAUCAGCCGGCUUCUCGGGAGAGGCUUCUUUUCCUUUUUCUGACAAGUAUUGCCGAAUGCUGUAGCACACCGUACUCUCUCCUGGGUCUGGUAUUCACAGUUUCUUUUGUUGCUCUGGGUGUUUUGACCCUUUGCAAGUUUUACUUGCAGGGUUAUCGGGCCUUCAUGAAUGACCCUGCAAUGAAUCGGGGGAUGACAGAAGGAGUUACACUUCUAAUUCUGGCAGUACAGACCGGCCUAAUAGAACUGCAAGUUGUUCAUCGAGCAUUCCUGCUCAGUAUUAUUCUCUUCAUUGUGGUUGCUUCUAUUCUGCAGUCCAUGUUAGAAAUUGCAGAUCCCAUUGUUCUGGCGCUGGGAGCAUCUAGAGACAAGAGCCUAUGGAAACACUUCCGAGCUGUCAGCCUUUGUUUGUUCUUAUUGGUAUUCCCUGCUUAUAUGGCCUACAUGAUUUGCCAGUUUUUUCACAUGGAUUUUUGGCUUCUUAUCAUUAUCUCCAGUAGCAUCUUGACUUCCCUGCAGGUUCUGGGAACUCUUUUUAUUUAUGUCUUAUUUAUGGUUGAAGAAUUCAGAAAAGAGCCUGUGGAGAACAUGGAUGAUGUCAUCUAUUAUGUGAAUGGCACCUACCGGCUGUUGGAAUUCCUUGUGGCUCUCUGUGUUGUGGCGUAUGGUGUCUCUGAAACCAUUUUUGGGGAGUGGACCGUAAUGGGUUCGAUGAUUAUCUUUAUCCAUUCUUACUACAAUGUUUGGUUGCGAGCCCAGUUGGGGUGGAAGAGUUUCCUGCUCCGCAGAGAUGCUGUGAAUAAAAUCAAAUCGUUGCCCAUUGCUACGAAAGAGCAGCUGGAGAAACACAAUGAUAUCUGUGCCAUCUGUUACCAGGACAUGAAAACUGCUGUGAUUACUCCAUGUAGUCAUUUCUUCCAUGCGGGUUGCCUUAAGAAAUGGCUCUACGUGCAAGAGACCUGCCCUCUGUGCCACUGCCAACUUAAAAACUCCUCCUAUCUCCCCGGGUUAGGACCAGAUCCAACUCAGCCGCCUAAUCCUGGGGCAGAGCAAAACAUUGGUCCUCAACAAGGAACUGACCCCCCAGGUGUAGAUCAUCCUGCAGGGAGAAAUGUCAGUGGCCCCAGUGACAGUAACACACUAGCUGUUGAAAGGCCAAAGAGCCAAGAAGAAACUGUUGGCAGCAAAGAUAAUACUCUGGUUCCUGAUACUUGUCCUGUUGCGGGCAUCCAGGCAGAGGAAAGAAGGCAAGAACUGCAGGGGAUUCUGCAGGAGGAUUUAACUCAAGACUGAAUGUGUGUCUGGAUUUGAAGAACAGAUGAGAUGAUGUUUAUCCAGGAAUAGACAUUCCAGAGAUCCAGGAAAAUUCUCUCAGUAGCCCACUUGCUUUUAUCCCUUGGCAUUGUGUGAAAGUUUUACGGUUAUUGCUGGUGAAAAUAUAUUUAUAUAUCCCAUGCUGAUAUUUUAUAGAGGUUUGCCAAGAAAUUCAAUCUCGACAACUUCAGAAACUGCCACUGAAUUGUAAGGGAUUAAAUCAAAUCAAAACUUGAAUAUUUUCAAGAGGAUAAGAAAAAAAGGUUAAAAUCUGAGAGAGCUCUCUGCAAGGGAAAAAGCAGGCAAAUGCUGGAAAGACACUUUGCUUUGUACGAGGAAAGGUUAGCCUUGUCCCAAAGUUUCAGAGAUAGGUAUUAGAGACUAUUGACCGCUUAGAUGUCUGUUCCCCCCCCCCCCCCCCC